GUGUGUGUGUGUGUGAGACAGAUUCCUCCGGACUCCACCCUGCCAGUUCUCCUCUGCACGGUUCCAGGAAAGCUUUUUUCACUGCUGCUUUACAUCUGUACGGAAACAAGUAUUGGAGACAACAAACCCGGAGAGAGGCCCGAGAACAGCUGGCAGACCUGCUGAGGAAGUUUACAUCGAGUCGCGUCCCGAAGUUUUAAUAUUUGAGUGUGUGUGUUUUUUUUAAGCGAAGAAGACGUGACUGACGGCUGGGGAGAUAACUCGUGGGAUAAUUACGACCAGGUGGACCUCUAUAAUUAGGUGGCAUGUCCAGGUCAGACUACCCUCCAGGGUACGACUCCCAUGGCCCAAUGUACGCACCUCAGGGUGGAGGUUAUCCACAACCCCCUGCAUAUGGCUUCCCCUCUUAUGGUGGUUCCCAGCCAGGCCAGCCCUCUGCUCCCUACCCUACUGGUCCAAAUGUCCCUCUGUUCCCAGGCCAGCCAAUGGGGUAUCCUCCUGGACCUUACCAGGGACAGCCUCAACAUGGUGGGCCUCCAGGAUCGGGCUACCCUAACCCACCUCCCAUGCCUCCGGUCAUCCCACCUACCAUACCAUCAGGUGUCCUGAGCUCUGAUGACAUGGGUGAUGAGUUUGCUGCUCAUGGCAGCGGCUGGGACGAUCUGAGCAUCCGGCACGCUUUCAUCAGAAAGGUCUACUUGAUUCUUGCAUCACAGCUCCUCGUCACCACAUCCAUCGUGGCCGUAUUCACAUUUGUCCAACCUGUCAGAAGCUUUGUACAGAGAAACCAAGCCGUGUACUGGGCCUCAUAUGCUGUGUAUAUCAUCACCCACCUUGUGCUGGUUUGCUGUAAGGGCCCCCGGAGGAAGUUCCCAUGGAAUGUCAUUCUGCUGCUCAUCUUUACUUUGGCUUUGUCCUACAUGACUGGGUCCAUAUCCAGCUACUAUGACACAAAAGCAGUGUUUCUGGCCUUGGGAAUCACUGCCGUCGUCUGCAUUGCUGUCACCGUCUUCUGUUUCCAGACAAAGGUCGACUUCACUAAGUGCCAGGGCCUUUUCUGCGUUCUUGGGAUUGUGAUGUUUGUGACUGGCAUCAUUACAGCCAUCGUCCUGUCCUUCAAAUAUAUUCUCUGGCUUCACAUGCUUUAUGCAGCUCUAGGAGCCAUAGUAUUCACCAUGUUCCUGGCUUACCACACACAACUACUUAUCGGGAACCGGAAGCACUCCAUCAGCCCGGAGGAGUAUGUGUUCGCCGCACUCUCCAUCUAUGUUGAUAUCAUCCAGAUCUUCCUCUUCCUUCUGCAAAUUAUCGGCGCAUCCACAAAAUGAAACUACCCUGUUGCAGCAAAACCAUUCUGAUUCUUUUAAAACUUUUUUUUUCUCAGUAAAAAUCGAAAUGCAUUUGCAAAAAGUCAAAGGGCUAAAUUGUAAAUGUUGGUGUAGGUUAAACAUAUGCACAUGAAAAGUGCCCUUUUUUAUACUUGUAUUUUUGUCUAUAUCGGCUAUAAGCAACUUACGUUAAGUUAAAGAAAUUAAUACAAUAUAAAUAUCUAACCAUAUUGGAAUGCCCGCAGUAGCAUUGAUUUUUUUUUCUUUCCUCUCUUACUGCAUUAGAUAUAUUUUUCUUUCUUUGAACAUGUGCAACCUAAAUCCUUUUUAUCUUUUUUUGUAUGAAGAUUUAGAAAAGUUGCCAACACAGAUGACACCUCUAUGGUUGGCUGUACUUUAAGGUGCAAAAUGUGUGGCCAGAAUCCCAAACUAAUAAUACUCAAAAUUAGUGAGUACUUUAGAGGUCACACCCACCCCUGAAGGACAUUUACUACCAGCAGUAGCGUCAUCUCUGCUAUAGUUGCUUUAUGUUAGUUAUUUAGUUUAUGCUAUUUACUUUAUAAUCACCUUCACUUACUAAAUUACUGUAAAAAUGCUUCUGAGAAAAGAUGUUUACAUUAUGUACAGGGUUGUAGACUAUAAGCUUUGAUAAUAUUGUUAUCUGUGCUUGUUAUUUUAAUGUUCAGUCAGUCAGACAGUAGGCAGACUGAGUGCUAGCAUGGUGAGGUUCCACACUGUUCAGCACAUUCGGUGCCAUGGUGUUAGAUCUGUGGAACAGAGCUCCAGCCAAAGUGUCCAAAACUUCAUCCACACGUCAAAGUAUAAACAUACCAAAGCAAAGUUACAUACAAACCUUUACUCAAUUCAGCAUAUAAAGCACAGAGCUAAGUGUAAGUGGGGGGUGUAAUUAUACAUAUCAUUCAUAAUGAAAAUCUGUUUGCUUUUUCAUAUCAAAUAAAGACUUUUCUGAGUUUC